GGAGUUUGUGUUGCUUCAUUGGGAUCUGCCUUUAUUUAGACCUGUUUCAUAUUUUUUUUUCUUUGUUUGAUGUCGUGGUCUUGUGGCCUUGUGGGUGGUGUUAAGUACCAAAUUCAAAAAGACGAACAACACGUCGACACAGGACGGAGACUAGGAGAGAGAAUAAAUAAAUAAAAUAGAUUAUUAGAUUCAAAGGGACGAAGAAGGGGAAAAGCGAGCGCGUGCAAGUGUUAAUGAUGUCGAUUCUCACGAGAAAAGGCUCGGAACGGAAGCUCCUACAGUUCUGCCUCACGCUGAGUCGCAGAGAGGAGAAAUAGAGAGGAAAAGGGGAAGAGAGAGCUAUGAGGCAGGGCAGAGCAGAGCUGAAGACAUUGAGAAAAGAACCUUAACUCCAAAUGCCCUUUACACCUUUCUGAAGAUGGCAGAGGAUUUCUCUUUCUUCAAUAAGGAUAGCUUCAUCAUAAAGCCCACCAAGAAGUCUCCAUUGGUAUUGAGGAUGGUAGUUUUGAUGUUUGCCAUGGCUUGUGGUGUUUAUAUAUGUUUAAUCUGUCUAAAACAGAUAAACACCCACUCAAAAUUCAUAAGCGUCCAGGUGAUUGAUAGGCCUUGUAAUGCUUCGGGUAUUGAACAGUGGGAAAUUCCGUAUGUACAUUACCCAAAACCCAACACCUUCAGCAGGGAUGAGUGUACAUGCAAUCCUGUCCGAUUCUUUGCCAUCUUGUCGAUGCAGAGAUCUGGGAGUGGAUGGUUUGAGACACUGUUAAACAGCCAUAUCAAUGUAAGUUCAAAUGGGGAAAUCUUUUCCGUUAAACAGAGGAGGAGUAAUGUUUCAGAAAUACUGAAAACACUGGAUACGGUUUACAAUCUUGACUGGUUCAGUAGUGCAUCCAAGAACGGGUGCUCAGCUGCAGUUGGCUUCAAGUGGAUGCUUAAUCAGGGUGUGAUGGAGCAUCACCAAGAAAUAGUAGAGUAUUUCAAUCGGAGGGGUGUAUCUGCAAUAUUCCUCUUUCGAAGAAAUCUUCUACGCAGGAUGAUUUCAGUUCUGGCGAAUUCUUAUGAUCGAGAUGCCAAGUUACUCAAUGGAACCCACAAGUCUCACGUUCAUUCACCACAUGAGGCCAAAAUACUUGCAAAAUUCAAGCCCAUAAUCAAUUCCACACUACUAAUACCCAAUCUGAAGCAAGUGGAAGCAACAACUGCCAAAGCUUUAGAAUACUUCAAAAGCACACGCCACACUAUUCUUUACUAUGAGGAUAUUAUAAACAACCGCACUAAGCUAAUGGAUGUUCAGGAGUUCUUACGAAUACCACCGGAAGAGCUAAAGAGCCGCCAAGUAAAAAUACACAAGGGAUCCUUAUCAGAGCAGGUUGAGAACUGGGAUGAUGUCCACAAAACACUCAAGGGAACACGGUAUGAGAGCUUCCUCCAUGCAGACUAUCAAAUGUAAAUAACACCUUCAGUUCAUUCAUUUCCGUGACAAGAGCCAGCAAAACAAACCCCCCGCCCCCACACCAAAUUUUGGAUGCAAGAAGGGUGCAAUACUUCCUUUUUUCCUCAUUUAAUCCUUCUGAUUAACACUUGGUUGAUCACCUUCUUUUCCCAAGUAAUGACCUGGUUCAAUUCGAGUUGACAUCAAGGUCUCAAGGUGCAAUCUAUGUUCUCAGUUGGCUCACUACCAUUUCCAGUUUGCAUUUUUUUUCUACUUGUCUCCUUGUUAUGUAGAAGAGAAUCAAAAAAAAUCAAGGGAGGAAAAGAAAACAGUUAGCCCAUUGUAUAUUCUAGAUCUGGCACCUUAAUCACAAGCUAGGCAAGUUUACGAA